GCAAGUGUCCAAAUUUUAGUUAUUACUACUGUUACGGGGCGCCUAAAGGGACAGCCUUCCAAAGAGGAACAAUUUCAUUAAACCAGGGACUGUCAGCGUCGCUGGGGACCCAGUGCUUGCCUUCACGGAGUCUAGAGGAAAUCAAGCGAGAUACACACACAGCUCGACUCAAGCAGGGCGGAGAGCGACACGCGCCAGCCCCAGCCUCAACAUGUGCAUAAGAAGGCUUUUGCAGUCCGCCCCUCUCCAGUGGGCUUGGAGGGCAGCCUUCCUGAAACACUUCCAGUCCAGGCACCAGGGAACCCACCGGUGGACACAUUUUGGAGGCAGCACCUACAGAGCCGUAAUUUUUGACAUGGGCGGAGUUCUCAUUCCUUCUCCAGGGAAAGUGGCUGCAGAAUGGGAGGUACGGAAUCAUAUCCCUUCUGGAACUAUAAUGAAGGCCUUGAUGGAAGGUGGUGAAAAUGGGCCUUGGAUGAGAUUUAUGAGAGGAGAGAUAAAAGUGCAGGAUUUCUUACAAGAAUUUGGGAGACUUUGCUCUGAAAUGUCAAAGACCUCUGUGCCUGUGGACUCAUUUUUCUCUCUGCUGACCGGUGAGCAAGUGGCAAAGCAGUUCCCAGUGAUGACUGAGGCCAUCGCUCAAAUUCGGGCAAAAGGCCUUCGGACUGCAGUCUUGAGCAAUAAUUUUUACUUUCCUGAUGGGAGAAGCUUUUUGCCCCUGGACCGGAAACAGUUUGAUGUGGUCGUGGAGUCCUGCCUGGAAGGUAUCUGUAAGCCAGACCCUAGGAUCUACCAGCUGUGCUUAGAGCGGCUCGGCCUGCAGCCCUCUGAGUCCAUCUUUCUUGACGAUCUUGGACCAAAUCUAAAAGCAGCUGCCAGCCUUGGUAUUCGCACCAUUAAGGUUCAUGACCCAGAGACUGCAGUAAAGGAAUUAGAAGCUCUUUUGGGUUUUACAUUGAGAGCGAGUAUUCCAAACACACGUCCUGUGAGAAAGACAAUGGAAAUUCCAAAAGAGUCCUUGGAGAAAUACCUCAAAGACUUACUAGGGAUCCAAACCACAGGCCCAUUGGAACUCCUGCAGUUUGAUCACGGGCAGUCAAAUCCAACUUACUACAUCAGACUGGCCAAUCAUCAGCUGGUUCUGAGGAAGAAACCUCCAGGGACACUCCUUCCAUCUGCCCACGCAGUGGAGAGGGAGUUCAGGAUUAUGAAAGCCCUUGCAAAGGCUGGAGUGCCUGUCCCUAAUGUUGUUGACCUCUGCGAAGAUUCAAGCGUCAUUGGCACCCCCUUCUAUUUGAUGGAGUACUGCUCAGGCCUCAUCUACAAAGACCCCUCCCUGCCAGGCUUAGAGCCCAGCCGGAGGCGAGCCAUAUACACUGCCAUGAACAGAGUCCUGUGCAAAAUCCACAGUGUGGACCUCCAGGCUGCGGGCCUGGAAGACUACGGGAAGCACGCGGACUAUAUUCCACGCCAGGUGCAAACCUGGAUUAAGCAGUACCGAGCCUCAGAAACCAGCACCAUCCCGGCGAUGGAGAGGCUCAUCGAGUGGCUGCCGCUCCAUCUCCCCCGUCAGCAGAGGACCACGGUGGUGCACGGGGACUUCAGGCUCGACAACCUGCUGUUUCAUCCAGAAAAGCCAGAGGUCCUUGCUGUCCUUGACUGGGAACUUUCUACCUUAGGCGACCCCCUUGCCGACGUGGCCUACAGCUGCCUGGCUCACUACCUGCCGUCCAGUUGUCCCCUGCUGAGAGGUUUUAAUGACUAUGAUUUGACUCAGCUGGGAAUCCCUACUGCAGAGGAGUAUUUCAGGAUGUACUGUCUUCACAUGGGGAUCCCUCCCAUUGAGAACUGGAACUUCUAUAUGGCUUUCUCCUUUUUCCGCGUGGGCGCCAUCCUGCAGGGAGUCUACAAGCGAUCGCUCACAGGGCAGGCAAGCUCAGCAACUGCCGAACAAACUGGAAAGCUGACUGAAUUUAUGUUUAACCUGGCAUGGGAUUUUGCAGUCAAAGAAGGGUUCCGAGUUUUCAAAGAGAUGCCAGUCACAAAACCGUUAACGAGAUCCUACCACGCGUGGGCUGGUCCACAGUCCCUGCUGAGCCCCACAGGCACAAGGAGUUACAGCUCCGUUCCAGAAGCUUCCCCAGCUCUUGCUUCAAAGGGAGCUCUGGUGAUCUCUCCGGAGGGCCUUUCCCCGCCAGUCAGAGAGCUGUAUGACCGGCUGAAGCGCUUUAUGGAGCAGCGUGUGUACCCUGCGGAGCCAGAGCUGCAGAGGCACCAGGCCGCAGCGGACAGAUGGAUCCCUGCCCCACUGAUAGAAGAUCUCAAGGAGAAAGCCAAGGCCGAAGGACUUUGGAACCUUUUCCUACCUUUAGAGACUGAUCCUGAGAAGAAAUACGGGGCAGGACUGACCAACGUGGAGUAUGCACAUCUGUGUGAGCUCAUGGGCACGUCUCUGUAUGCUCCUGAGAUAUUUAACUGCUCUGCCCCUGACACGGGGAACAUGGAGCUUCUGGUGCGGUAUGGCACCGAGGAGCAGAAGGCCCGCUGGCUGACCCCCUUGCUGGAGGGCAGGGUCCGCUCCUGCUUUGCUAUGACCGAGCCCCAGGUUGCCUCUUCGGAUGCCACCAACAUUGAGGCUUCCAUCAGAGAGGAGGAUUGCUUCUAUGUCAUAAAUGGUCACAAGUGGUGGAUCACAGGUGUCCUGGAUCCUCGCUGCCAACUCUGUGUGUUUAUGGGAAAAACAGACCCGCACGGCCCGAGCCACCGGCAGCAGUCCGUGCUUCUGGUUCCCAUGGAUACCCCAGGGAUCAAAAUCAUCCGGCCUCUGACAGUGUAUGGGCUGGAGGACGCUCCAGGUGGCCAUGGUGAAAUCCGAUUUGAGCACGUGCGUGUGCCCAAGGAGAACAUGGUCCUGGGGCGCGGCCGAGGCUUUGAGAUCGCCCAGGGCAGACUGGGCCCCGGCAGGAUCCAUCACUGCAUGAGGCUGAUCGGGUUCUCAGAGAGGGCCCUGGCGCUCAUGAAGGCCCGUGUGAAGUCCCGAGUGGCCUUUGGGAAGCCCCUGGUGGAGCAGGGCACAGUGCUGGCAGACAUCGCGCAGUCGCGGGUGGAGAUCGAGCAGGCCCGGCUGCUCGUGCUGAAAGCUGCGCACCUCAUGGACGUGGCAGGAAAUAAGGCUGCAGCUUUGGAUAUAGCCAUGAUUAAAAUGGUAGCUCCCUCCAUGGCCUGCCGCGUGAUUGAUCGCUCUAUCCAGGCCUUUGGAGCAGCAGGGCUGAGCAGCGACUACCCCCUGGCCCAGUUCUUCGCCUGGGCCCGAGCACUGCGCUUUGCCGACGGCCCUGACGAGGUGCACCGGGCGACAGUGGCCAAAAUGGAGCUGAAGCACCGCACUUAGACCCUGCAGACUGUGGAGGCUGGAUGUCCCUGCUGGGCCAGCCAUGCCCAGAACCGCAACUGGCAGCUGCUUUGAGAGGUCUGCUGUGUGGGGUCCUUCACCCUGCCCAGCAGCUCUGUCCUGGGACAGUCGAGGUGCACUCAGCCUUUUCAGGUCUCCACAGAAGACGUUUUUGCGGGAAGCCUGGUGUUUGCGUUUCAGACAAGGAGGAGGGCAUUGGUUGUGAGCUGAGCGGGUUUCGGGACAGAGUCUGAAAAGCUGGUCUUUGGGCUCUUGGUGCUGGGCUAGGCAGCCCGAGCCGCCCUCUCUCUGGCUAUGAGAAUCUGGACACGUCAGGAGCCCUGCCAAGGCAGUGCGCCAUGCUUGCUGCGGAAGCUGUGGCCUCCUGUCCCUGGCAGGCAGGGGAGCAGCCACUGGCGCCAAGGCCUAAAGGCCCAGAGCCACAGCGCUCCUGGGAAAAUGGAAUGAAAGCAAAAUCGUGAAGCCGCUGGCAUCUAAUUUUCUUCAUUUGAUUGUCCACGGCAGAGAAAACUAAUUUAAUGUUACUUUAGAACAGGGCUGUGGGGACACAAAAAAAUAAGAAAAUAUAUCUCAGAGACUCUGUGGA